AUGUUCUGUUUCAGAGCCACUACAAGAGUAAUACGACGUCCUUUACUACUCAAUCGCAUACGUUUCCAAUCCAAAAAACCGGAAUUUACAAACAUAAAUGAUGCAAAACUACGGAAAAUCAUAGAAGGUACGAAUUUUGGAUCUAAAGCAUUAGAUAAAAAACAAAAGCAAAUAGAAGAAGAACGUAAAAAACUAGAACAAGAAAGAGAAGCUACAAGAAAACUUAAAGAGAAACAAGAAGAGGAGAAAGAAAAAGCAGAAAAGGAAGAGAGACAAGCUAACAUCGCAAAAGCCAAUGAUAAUAAUGAAGCAAAUUUCACAACAACAGAUAGUGGUAAAUUAAAGGGAACCGCUAAAGAAACUCAUAGUGCCACAAUAAAGAAUGAAGGUGAUAAUGAAAUAAAAUUGAGAGUUGAAGAUAAGAUUAUAGCAACUACUGAAGAUUCAAUUGAUGAUUCUGAGAUUCCAAAUCUAGCUAAAGAAAUCAAUGAAACAAUUCAGAAAGAGAUAGUUGGACUACCAUCACAAAAGGCCAAAAAUCAAAGUCAAUUGACAAAAAAAGUUUCAAAAUAUUUAGAUUCAGCACAUGAUACGAUUUUAACUGUCACAAGAGCUUUGAAUGAUGUCACAGGUUAUUCAGCCAUUGAGAAAUUAAAAAAGUCAAUCAAUGAUCAAGAAGAUGAAUUAAGAAAAGCUAAAGAUAAUGUUAAAAAAUGUAAAAUUGAAUAUGGAGUAGCAAUUCAAAAAAGAUCUCAUUCUCAAAGAGAAGUAAAUGAAUUAUUAACAAGAAAACAUAAUUGGUCUCCACAAGAUUUAGAAAGAUUUACUGAAUUAUAUAGAAAUGAUCAUGAAAAUGAAAAUCAAGAACAAGAAUGUGAAAAAAAUUUACAAGAUGCUGAACUGAAAGUUGAUGGUAUACAAUUAAAAUUAACUCAACUGAUUUUAACUAGAUAUCAUGAAGAACAAAUUUGGUCUGAUAAAAUAAGAAGAUCUUCUACAUGGGGUACUUGGGUUUUAAUGGGUUUAAAUGUUUUAUUAUUUGUUUUUGCAAGUUUUAUUGUUGAACCUUGGAAAAGGAAAAAAUUGGUAUUAGGUUUUGAAGAAAAAGUUAAGAAUGUUUUAGUUGGAAUUAGUCAACAAAAUGAAGCUAUAUUAGAUCCUAUCAUUAGUCAACUAGAACCAAAUGAUGGGAAAGUUGAUAUUGUAGGGGAAGAACAAAUCAAGGAUCCAAAAGUUGAAGAAGAACAAAUCAAGGAUUCAAAUGAGGAUAAAUAUUAUGUUCAAAUGUUCACAAACAAUUGGACAAGUUUAAAAGAUUCAAGUAUUAAGCAUUAUCGAGCAUUGAUCUCACCAAAUAUUCAUUAUUUUGAAUUUAAUAAAUUAGAAUUUGGAAUGUUCACAUUAAUGGUAAGUUUAUUAUCAUGUGGUUUAGGUAGUAUUAUUACAUUACUUUGUAAAUAG